UUCAGUGGACUUGAAUGGUGUGAAGCCCCAGAUGAGGGACUCAGACGUCCGGGAAUGACAGCCGCUGUCACCGGGAGUGACAGCCUUCGCUCUCCGCUCCGCGACUAAAACCCUCCAGGUGCCUCCAGACACUGACCCGGGUCGGAUUCAGCCAGACCAGGACUAUGCCAGAGAUGGAGAAAGGGAGACCUCCGGAAAACAAACGCAGCAGGAAACCCGCGCACCCCGUUAAGAGGGAGAUCAACCAGGAGAUGAAGACUUUUGCAGAGAGCACUAUGAACGAGCUCCUGGGCUGGUACGGCUAUGACAAGGUGGAGCUCAGAGAUUCGGAGGCCAGCGAAAUCAGGAACUACAGAGAAAGACGUCAGCAUGUGUCUGUGCUAAAAGAAAACUCGUUGCCAAAACCCAAGAGCCUGGACAGCAAAGUCAGCCACUCAGUUCUGGCCAUGAAGAGUGGAGAGAGAGAGUCCUCCAGUGUCCCUUCUUCUUCACCCUCCUCUUCCUCCACAAACUCAUCCCUGACCAGCCCCAAGGAGCACAAGAGUGCCCCGGUCAUUGUCCCCCUUAUAAAGCCAUCUGCAGUGGAGGAUGUACAGAAUGUGCAGAUAGUGUGUGUCUGGUGUCAAAAAGAGGGCGUGAAGCGCUACUCUCUAUGCAUGGGUUCAGAGCCCAAGAGCUUCUGCAGCGAGAAGUGCUUCGCCGCCUGCAGACGGGCCUACUUCAAACGUAAUAAGGCUAGAGAUGAAGACCUCCAUGGUGAGAGAUCCCCUCAGCACCCCCAUACUGAAGAAUCCCCGAGACAUGUUUUGAAGAUAAACAGCAAUGUCCGAUCUCUCUCCCCCGUGCCACAGGUAUGUGAUUGGUGCAAGCAUGUCCGCCACACUAAAGAGUACCUGGACUUUGGAUCUGGUGAGGAGAGGCUCCAGUUCUGCAGUACUAAAUGUCUGAAUCAAUACAAGAUGGAUGUUUUCUACCGAGAGGCCCGUGCAGCUCUCACCAGCACCAGCUCCAGCCCAGGCAGAAACAGCCAGGAAGGGAGGGCGGACAGCAGUGCAGGAGGGCAGAAGCUACUCACUCCUGAGUCUUGGAACAGCAACAGUAAUGCAGGGGAAACCCGUCAUAGAAAUCUUUCCCCCAAAGGGCCGACCCCCAUCCAUGGUUCAGCAGCAUCAACCUCUAUUUCCCCUUCAGAGGCAUCUUCCUCUUCCUCCAAGGUCCCUGUCUCAGGGCUGAGGACCCUGGAGAGACCCAUCCAGCCUCCUCCAGCUCCCCCUGCUGUGGAGGUGACACCCCACCCUACUCCACUUCCUCCCCCUCCCCGUCCCCCUCUGGAACACCAGCCUGUGCCUCAAAUACCCAUGCCCUUUAUCAGACCUCCUCUUCAUGCCCAAGGCCUGAAAAGCCCCCUUGCCAACCCACCAAGACACCCAGGCCCCCCUUCCAGCCCUAUCCACCGGCCUCCCCACUCUCCCCACCUGCAGCCCCCCACAGCCUCCUCCAUGAACCCACCAGGACUGGUGCAUCCUUUCCCAGGGGCCUACUUCCCUGGGUUGCACUCCCCUCCACUCAAUAUGAUGUCUAGAGGUCCCGUCCCAAUGCCUCCUAUAAUGAACUUUGGUAUUCCAUCAUUUAGCCCUCUCCUGCCCCAGCCUACUGUCCUGGUGCCUUAUCCCAUCAUUGUUCCACUUCCUGUCCCCAUACCCAUCCCUGUUCCCAUUCCAAUCCCCUCUAAGACAACCCUUGAAGCCCCAAGCCACAGUGGAGUUAUCCAGCCUGUGCCAGAGGGGGCAGAUAGGAGUAGAUCCAGGUCCACCAGACCGCCCUCACCAGGGAUCUCUGCAGGGGACAGCAGACUGGUAGCCAACAAAAUGGGCAGAGCCUCGACUCAGGGUCUCCCCUCACCCACUGACCCCAACACAAAAGACACAGACUGGGUUAAAUUGGAAAGGCCAUUCCCCUCCCCAACAUCCACACCCCACAGUGGAGAAUCUUCCCCCAGUGCGCGGUACAACGAAUCCCCCUCCUCAGCCCCAGGGUCAGAGAGGCUGACAGACUAUAAGGUGACACCACAGCAGCAGCAGCAGCAGCAGCAGCCAGAAAGGCAGGUCAUCCAGAGGGUUCUUCAAAGAACCCAAGUGAAGCUGGAGCCCAGCUCCAAUGGAGUGGUCGACUUAUCGGGGCUUGGGGAGUCAGGAACUGGGCAGGGUACCAGACUGGGUGUCCAUGAUAUUAUCAGACCCACCCCUCCUCUACCACAAUCCCCUUUACAUGACACUGUCUACCACCAUCAGGACUCAAACACCCCACCUUCACACACCCCUCCCAGCCCCAGGGGAAGCAGCUCUCCAUAUGAUGCCACAUCCUCUGCCAUGAUAUCCCAAGACCACAGUCCUAAUGGGACAUCGCAAUCCUCCGCCCCUCCUAGUCCAAAUUCCUCCCUACCCCAGAGAACAGUGCCACCCCCUGACCCUGCACUUAGCGAGCUGGAGGCCAUCAAAGAGAACAAGUGCUCUGUGGUUGGCCCAGUGCGGGCUGAGGGCACAGUCAGCCAAACAGAGGAGGCCUUAGCUGUUGUUGGGGAGGUGGGAGAGGACCCCCAUGUUCCUGAUGAGGACCAUGCCUAUGCCCUGCCAACAGCACCAAAGACAGGGGGGACCACCACCACGCUGCUCUUGCCCAAACUCAGGGACAAGGGUAGCCUGCGGACCCCCCCUAAUAUGCCUUGUGCAGGAGAUAUGGAGCCGGCUCUGAAGAGGCGAUGCCUACGUAUUCGUGAUCAGAAUAAGUAGAGGAUUGAGACUCCCUGUUUAACACUGUACCGUGGUGCCAGAUUCAGUGCCACGCCCUCUUGUGGACAACACCAGCGCUAAC